AUGCCGCUCUUUGCCGACGCGCAGACGCACUUCGCCGCCGUGUCGGACGACGGCCGUCUCAAGCUCUGGCACGUGGCCAGCAGCGCGCUGCAGCAAGAGCUCACGGAGCGCGACCACCUCAGCUACGCCGUCACGUGUCUCGCCUGGACGCAGCCCCAGCACAAGCGCAAGAAGCGCAGCAGCGGCCACGACUUGGGCCUCGUUGCACUCGGUACCAGCACUGGCGCUGUCGUUGUCUGGGACCUGGCAACGGGGCGCGUCAAACAUACGCUGCAGACGGACGACGCGAGCCACGGAGCAGUGCAGGCGCUCGCGUUCAAUCCACAGGGCAGUGUGCUGUACGCCAGCAGCGCCAGUGACAAGUACGUGCUCGAGUGGAGCAUGAGCACCGCCCAAGUCGAGCGCACGUUCCGCGUUGGCUCGGGCGGCGCGUCGGCCUUAGCCGUCUCGGGCGACGGCGCGAUCCUCGCUGCAGGGACUGCUGUGCUGCGGACAUUUGACCUGUCCUCGGGCAAGAAGAGCAGGAAACUCGUCUCGGGUCUGUCGUCCGCCGUGACGCAGCUGCGGUUCGCUGCUGCUGCUGGUAGUAGUAGUAGUAGUGCGGACAGGCUCGAGGCGUCCAGGUUUUUGUUUGCAGCGACGGCUGGCGCGCGGUUUGUGAACAUGUACGACCUGCAGCUGACGGAACACGACGCGCCGGCGCUGACGUUUGGCCUGCCGAGCAGCGCCGAGAGUGUCUUUGCUCGAGCGGUCGUCGGGGAGCCUGCGCCGACAAAGAAGAGCAAGAAGCACAAGAAGGACAAGAGCAGCGAGAUGGCCAAGCCGGUGGUGGAUUUGCUGGUGGGAGCCACGACGUCUGCCGGGGCGAUGUUCGUGUGGGCACACAAGUAUCACCAGGUAGACGACGCGUCUGAACUGGCGCUGGCUGCGAAGCCGUUGCGGCCAGUGCUGUCGACUGCUGAGAGCGCUGGCAUUUUGCUGGCAGAGCUGAGCCCACUGGAGGAUACGGAUGCGCGAGCACAAGUGCUGGUUGCCCGUGGAUCGGUGGCAAAGCCUGUGUUUGAGACAGUGUCGUUAGUGGAAGAGGACGCGCCGAGUCAGUGGAAGGCGAAGCUGGAGUUUGCUCCGAUCAGUGACGCUCUGCUGCUCUCGGCUGAACGGGCCGAAGCAGCUGUAGCCAACGGCAGCAGCAAGCGGCCAAAAGUCGAGGCAGCUCGUGAGGACGAAAAGACGUACGUGCCGACGCUCAGCGAGCGCCGCGCUCUUGUCAACUCGAUGACUGUCGCGGACGACACGAUCAGCUUUGACGAACGAUUGGAUGGCGAUGCGGACGAAGAAGAUGACGAACUUACUUUGGCGGAGCGUGUGGAGGCUCUGCGUGAGCGCAUUGAGGGCGACGUGACUAGUGCGCUUAGCCGUGCCAAGCGGGAGACAGGGACCUCGGCGAACAAAGCUCCUCUGGAAGACAAACCCGAUGCGUCGUCGCUUGCCAGUGUGCUCGAACAGGCUCUGCAGGCACGUGACAAUGCGCUCCUCGAGUAUUGCUUGCGUCUUCGCGAUGUCAAAAUCGUCGGGCGUACUGUAGCGCGGGUGUCGCCCCCCCGUGUGCUGGCGCUGCUGGAGGUGAUUGUUCGCAAGCUCGAACGCUCACCAAACCGCUUUUCGCGUCUUUGUCCGUGGCUGCGCACGAUCCUUCUGCACCACACGGCGUACUUGGUGGCUCAGCCUGAUCUCGUGUCGAGUCUCUCGGGGUUGUACCAGCUCUUGGAAACGCGACUGCAGGUGCACGAACAGAUGCAGAAGCUGUCUGGUCGCUUGGCGCUUGUGCUGGGUCAGAUUCAAGUGACCAGUAGCGCGAACGCCGAGCCGGAAGACGACGAGACUUGUGCUGCAGUGGUUUACCACGAAGGCGAAGAAGAGGGAAGCAAUGGGGUCAGGGGCGACGACAGCAGCAGCAGCAGCCACGAGCGGGAGGAUGAAGAUGAGGAAGACGAGGACGACGGCAUCGAGACGGAAGACGAGUGA